CUUGAAGAUGCAGCCGACGAUAUCGCCCUCGAGCGACGGGACGAGGAUGACGCGACGAACGGCGGUGGCGGCGGCGCGGCCGAAGCGACAUGCGAGCCCGCCCACCGUGCCGGCCAAGCCCGCGGUGCGAACCAAACGAGCCAAAAAGGUCGACGUCAAGUCGCCGCGCAAGGAGCGGGAACCCAAAUACGUGGCACUGGGCAUGCUCGCUGACGUGCGGGAUGACAAGGGGCGGUGGAGCGAAGCACGGGUCAUUGACGUGGAUGUGGACGCGCAAAAGGUCCACGUGCAUUUUCUCGGGUGGCACAAGCGCUUUGACACGUGGGUGGCGCAGUCCGCAUUCGCACCGCACGGCGCGCGCGUCGCCAGCGCCAAGAAGGACGAGAAGAGCAUGAAGCGCAGCCACAUCAAUGCGGCGCACCUCUUUGCCAUCAAUCCCAAGUACACUGCGCACGAGAAGGACAGCGGUGCGUCGGAAGACGAUGCCGAAGCGGAAGCGAGCACGGUUGACGUGGCGAAAGAAGCUUCGCGCGGGCGCCCUCGUAAGCGCAAGGUCGCCGAGGCCAAGACAGAGGCCGCCCAGCCCGAGCGGUCGCCGUCGCCCCCCACCAAGCAUCGCAAAUCGCUGCGCAUGACCAACGUGGCGGUAGAAGCGACCGUGCCCACGCCAGCUCCGUUGUCACCACCUGCGCCGUCACCCGUUGCGUUGGCCCCACCACCAGUCGAGCCGACGACGUCCACUUUACCUCGGGCGAACAUGAUGUCGCCGAUGCGGCCGCUCACGGCGGCGAGAGAAAUGGCGCCACCAAUGGUCAUGGCAACGCCGCCUGCGAUGCAACCGCAGUCGGGCUAUGCACCGAGCAGUAGUACCAAGACGGUGCUGGCCGAGAUCUUUCGUCAGCGUGUGCAGCAGCAGAUCGCCGAGCUCGUCGAGAACCAAAAAGGCAAAGUCGCCAAGAAGCAGCAGCAGCAACCCAAGCCCGCGAAGGCGUCGUCCACCAAGCCAAAGCGUUCGGACGGAAUGCCAUUCCCGCCCGUGAUGCCCGUGUACCAAGCCAACAUGGCUGCGUUCCAUCGACCGCUCCAAGCCAACGCUGCGUUCCUUCAAGAGAGCAUUGACGCGUGGAGAGCGCAGCAGGACAACCUCAUGAAGGACAUCACGUCGGUCGUCUGUCUCUAACGCACCAACAAUUCCGUUAUCUCUACCGA